GCUCCCAAACUUGCGCCUCGAAUUCUGCCCGGCGACCGAUGUCGCCAUCUGCGCGGAGAUUUCCGAUUGGCGGAAUAUUAUCCCCUCGCCCAAUCCCGGUUCCCGCUGCUGAUGGUUCCGCAGGCUGGGCAGAGAGCGGGUCUCAGAGCGCCGGAGGGAGAAGGACGCCGCUAGAGGAAGAGGAGGAAAAAGGAGCUUCGUUUGGGGGGAGAUCAUGGGGGUCCUCCUCCGCUGCCCCCCCCCUGAUCCUGUGGGCGGCUGCCCACCUGCUGCUCCUGGACUGCGCAGGCUCCACUUCUCAUUCCCUCACCUGGACAGCAGCUGAUACAGAGGCCCAAGCGACCAAGAGGAAGUGGGAUGCUGACUUGGCCUGGAACCAGCGCAAUAAAGCCUACCUGGAGGAGAUUUACAUUGAGUGGCUGCAGAGAUUCCUGGACUAUGGGAAGGAGACUCUGCUGAGGACAGAGGCUCCGGUGGUGAAGGUGACCAGGAAGGCAGACUAUGACAGCCAGGAGACCCUUGUUUGCCAAGUCCACGGCUUCUACCCCAAGGAGAUUGAUGCCAACUGGGUGAAGGACGGGGAGGUCUGGCAGGAGGGCACCUCCCGAGGAUUGGUCGCCCCCAACUCGGACGGGACCUACUAUGUCUUGCUCAGUGUCAAGAUCGACCCCGAGGAGAGGGACCGCUUCCGGUGCCGCGUGGAGCAUGACAGCCUGGAGAAGCCUCUGGACGUGGCCUGGGAGAAGGAGCCAGUCAACCUUGGGCUCAUUGUGGGAGCCAUUUUGGGUGUUGUGGCUGUCAUCUUGCUGGUCUCUGUGAUAAUCUUCUUCAUCCGCAGGAAACAGAGCGAGAAAUUAGCCUACAAAGCCGCCUCAACAAGCGACCAGGGGUCCGCCAGCUCCGCCAGGGGUUCAGACCAGACCAGUUGCCAUGGUGCCCACAUACCUCUUGAGAGAGGAGUGUGGACGCACCAUUCCAUGGCUUUGAGAUGUGGCUGCAUUAUUCCCACACCCAGUGUGUGAGAUGAGACCAGAAGGAGCCUGCUCAAGUUUUGCUGUGAAUUGCAGAGGUUCAGAGCUCCUGCUGUCCUUCAAUGUUGUUUAUGAUGUGCCUUAAUCCUGGCUCUCACCCAUCCAUUCUGACUCCAGCUGUAACUUGAAUUUGAGGAUAAUCAUAUUUUUCAGAUGGAUUUUGGCCAAUUUUCCUUUGCAGCUGAUUUUCCAAAAUGUGUUUGUAUUAGUCAGAAAUGUGCCGGAUAUACACAACUAAAAGCUUUAAAAAGGGAUGGGGAGAUUGAGCAGCGAUAUUGAUGGCUUCUCUUGGUUCCUUGUUGCUGUGGAUCCCACCACAAGCCUUUCCCCAAUCUUGUAUCACUCACUUUCCAUCCAAAUUGAAGGAAAGGCAACAUUUGAGAACUGCUUUAGGUGUAUUAUGCAUGAAAUAGGCUAAGUUCUUACUGCCUACCUCCUUCUUGGGUCGCCCAGCCUUUGGCUAAACGGAUGUAAUGUCAUGGAAUGUAUAAAAGCAGCCUAACUGCUCUGGUUGAGUGUUUUCCACCCACCUUCUGUGUGAGGAAGUGAAGAAACUGGCAGGGAGGGAUGGUUGGAAGGGAGGAGGGAUACUUGGAUGCUCAGGAGUUGAAGCUGAAAGAGAGAAGGAACAGAGUAGCUGAAGAGAGGCAACUUUCCUACAAGAGAUGAGAGGGACUGAUCCUGCUGACAGCCUAGGAGGAAGCCAGCAAGUAGAAGAGGCAAGUCAGGAGCUUCAUGGCCACAAUUUGAUCUGAAAUAAGCAGCCCCUUCUUUUUGGCUGCAGGCCUUCAGUUCAUGAGACUUGUUACCUGGUCCCCACAGCCUUCUAGGAGGGGGGACCCACUGAGAGUCAGGCCACAUGAACUCUUCCGAAUGAACUAGUUUUCUUGCCUUCAAUUUGCCUAAUUUUUAUCUCACACGUUCUGCCUUUUUCACCUGUGGCCCUUGAGGAACAUCCUUCGCCUCUCUGCAGUUCCCACCAUAUGAUUUCUGCAAUCUUCCUUCCCUUCUCAUAGGCUGGCAUCACUUAAGGAGACUCUUUCCUAGAAAUAAGAAUGCAGUAACUCUCUUAAACCUCCAGGGGCCGCAGGACUCUCCUUGCCUAACCCAACGGAUUUGCUGCACCUUGCUUUGAAGACCCUGGAUGUAAUUAUUAUUAUUUUUCCUGAAGGCCUGUUUAGAGACGGUUUUAAUGUUUCAAGUUUUACUCUGUUAUCAAUGCAAACCCAGCCAGAUGGGCAGGGUAUUAUUAUUAUUAUUAUUAUUAUUAUUAUUAUUAUUAUUAUUAUUAUUAUUUUGUAAUGUCAGUUUGACUGAAAUAAAUAAGGGUGCACCACCUUCCUCUUUAGUGGUUCUUUCCUUCUUACCACAGGAGUUCCAGAGAUCAACAUCUCCUGAGAAUAUUCACAGACUCUGGCAGGGAAGUGCCAAUAAUUGGUCUCCCGGUGCAAAGUGACUGAACAACUAGAGUCCAAAGCGAGAGGGAGACAGAAUCUGUGGUUUUGCAGGGGUGGGAUUAAGUUACAUGAGGCCAAGAGGGUCUGAAGUCUGGUCAGUGCCUGGAUGGGGGACCACCUGGAUGUUGUCUUUGGUUCCAGGACGAAAGAAAGGAGGGUUGGGAUU